AGGAGCAACCAGCGAUGGCAACCACACUCUACUCUUUGUUGUCGUCAUUGGGUAUCACCACGGCGAUUCCAACAUACAACCAAGAGAACCCCGAUCCCAUUGAUCUUCAGAUAAAGUCACUAUUGUAUUUGUUCAAAAGGUUCAGAAUCAACAAAUUGGCAGCAUUUUUGGACAAAGAUGAUCUUAGUUUGAAAUACGUUGACGAUACCGAAGAAAUCGAGGAGAAUCAAAAACUAGAUGAACAAUUCAAUAUCGACCAAUUUCUAAAAUUGUUGAUCAAUGACGAAUAUAGAAUAUUAGUGGAUUUCUUCAAGAAUAAGUUCAGAUCAUAUUGCAUCCUUACCGAAUACCCUAAGGGUAUGGAGCCCUCAUUCCCCGAGUUUAGAGAUUCUAAAGACCAAAGGGUAGGCCAAUUCCGAUUCUUAUUAUUUCCUACAUCAGGUGUGACUGUUGAAUAUGUGGCGAGUUUAUUAUCUGGAUCAGACAUCUAUUGUGAACAUUUUUCUUACUUGCCAUACAAAGCAAGGGUGCGAUUAGCACUUGAGUCAAUUAGAGAAGUUACACCAUUUGAAUAUAAAGCAGCCAUAUUAAACAUCACAUUAUUGCAACGAACCAAAAUUAUUCGUGGAUAUUUAACCAAAAUGGCAUUCACAGUUCAAUUACAGCGUAUCUAUCAAGAACGAAUCAAGCUCAAUUCACCAAAUAAGUCAGACUCCGUAGCAAAACCGAACACUUCAUCAUCUCCAAUCAAGAUCAAGCCGAAGAAAUUAGCGAAAAUGGCAUCAUUCUCGAACUUAAACACACAAACUUCUCCGUCAAGAUUAUCCCCACGGAAAUCAAUGGCGAAUUUAAGACCACCAAGUCCUGGAAAACAACUCAAACCAAAACCUUCAAUUCCCAGGUUCCAACUUGAAGAAUUGUACAAUCCAGUGGUAUCACCUGUUAAACCGGUAGAUCAAAUUUCAAACAGUUCCGAUUCCGACAUUUCUCAUCCAAUUUUGUAUCCUGAGAUAUACGAAAAGUGCAAGUCUGCAAUCAUGGAACGAUUG